GUAAGCCUAUGUUAUAUUUAACAUAACUCAUUGGUCUAGUAGAGAUCUUUAAUAUUUAAAUUUAUGUUGUAGAGUAACUUAGAAAAAUUGGUUACUAGAGAUAUAAAGCCAGUUAUUCCCUAAAGUAUGCUUUAUGUUCAGAGUAUGUUCAUAAUCUUAUUCAUCUAGAUCUUACUUAUUUAGUUCCAAAUAAGGUAUCCAGAAGUAAUAAGUUAACUGAGACUUUUUAAAAAUAGUAGAAUAAGAAAGAAAUGUAAGAUGACACUAUGAUUUUUGAAGUGUUAGGUAGAAAAAAGAUCACAACAUUGGCAGCCAUAAUAUUCAGACAUAAAAGUUUUGUUUAAAAAUGUCUGCAAGUACUCAUGAUCUUUAAUGACUUUGCUUAUGUCAACAAGAAGUUCAAAAUUACUACUAAACAAAUAGUAUUUAACUCCUAUUUAUGGAACUAAUCUGUAAUACUCAUAUUGGCUCCUUUGAACAAAAAGUUAUUCUGUCUACUUGGUGAAAACAAACAUGGCUGUAAAUUAUUUUGAUAGAUUAAAACAGCAUUUCAUUCAAAGCAUUGCCUAUAUUUUGGACCAGUGCCAUCAGAGAGCAGAAAUAGGUUACGUAGUUAGGAAAUCUCCAGCAACUAAGUCAAGCAUUUUCAGUGCUACUUUUGAUUUCUCUUCCUGGUGCUGCUAUCUACUCCCCUAUGGCUUAAAAUAAUUUACAAAGCAAGGUUAUUUCUUUUUUAAAAAGUUUAUUUAUAUAAGUAAUCUCUAAACCUAACAUGGGGCCUGAACUCACAAUCUCAAAAUCAAGAAUUGCACACUCUUCCAACUGAGCCAUCCAGGCGCCCCAUGAAGUAGGGUUAUUUCUUGCCAGGUCUUCAUUUCAGAACAGGUAACUCUCUUUUCUCUUGCAACUAUGUGGAAGGAACUUUAUUUCUAUAAGCUGAGAAGAACUGAGCCAUCAACAAUUCAGUUUUACUUAACAUCAGUGGAAAAAUUGGUACCUCUAAUGAUCUCCUCAGGACAGUUCUGUUUGUAUGCUCAAAGGCUAUCUGGAGGCCCAUCUUUUUUCAAUUAUUCUAGAAUAAUCAUCUAGAGUAGGAAGAUUAUUUGAAUUGCAUAAUGAAGAGAAGCAGUCAACAUCCACUUUAACACUCCACAGCUAGUAGAAUCUCUGCAAAUUCCUGCCUUCUGUACAAAAUUUCGUCUAUAGCUGACUGUUACUGCUUGGGUUCUCGCCUUAUCUCUAAUGGCACUUUUUGAGCAUAAAGCAUCAGCCAAGGCAAAUGGUUUUCUUUUUUCUGCUCAAAACACUGGAAGUGAUGAUAUUUGUAUUCCAACGUAUACUAUUAUAUAUAUAAUCAAGGACAAGGUAAUUUCCUCUUAUUUUUAAAAUCAUUAAAAUGAAGGUAUUGGACUAAAUCAUCUCUAAGGUUCCUUCCAAUCAAAAACUUAAUUAAAUGACCUGUCUGUAUCUUAAAGAAAAUUUUCACUGAGUCUUACGUGGUAGUGUCUAGAACAUAGUAUGUGUUCAAUAUUAAUGAAUUAACUUAAAUUUAUUAUACUGAUGAAAACGAUUUCUACAUAGCAUCUUUCUUAUGUAUACAUACACACACCUUUUCAAAAUAAGUUGUACUUUUUUUUACCUGAAAACACUACUUUUACUCCAUGUUCAGUGAAGUCUGAGGUAGCACCCAACAUCAUUUCAAAGUUGCAAUGCAAAAGAGGAAAAAAAAAUGUAAUUAUCUUGAAUUAAUAAGCAUCCAUCAUAAGCACUGUUGCAUUAUUUCAUUUAACUGGAAUGUAUUUUUAAGUUAGAUAUAUAGAUCGAAGACAUAUAAAUGGAAGGAUUUUGAAGGAUAAAACAACUUUCUGAAAAAUCAGUUAUCUUGCUUCAAUAUGGUGCAGUAACUUAGUAAGGACUCUGAGCGCCGCUGUUCACCAACCACGGGGAAAGUGGUGCAAUAAGAUCUGCCAGAGCCACCGAGAUUUUACAGUACAAAGAAACAUCAGAUUGAGACAAAUUCUCUUCCAAGCUGCAUCAAACUCCGGUCUCUAUUAUACUAAAUUCCGGGCUUCUCUUAUGAAUACAAAGGAUUCCACGCUGACACACUGGCAUCCAUAAGCGCAAAAAGAGAUAGUCCAGUGUCUAACAAGAUCAGCAGGACAACAAUGGCGACUCUGAAGAGGGGUCGAGACUACAGAGGAUUCAUCCUGCUCUCCAUCCUCCUGGGGACCCGGAGAGAAGCUUGGGCAGGACAUAUUUUCUACUCUUUGCCGGAGGAAACAGACACAGGGUCUUUUGUGGGUAAUAUCGCUAAGGAUCUGGGCCUGGAGCCCCGGGAACUGGCAGAGCACGGAAUCCGCAUCGUCUCCAGAGGUAGGACACAGCUUUUCGCUCUGAAUCCGCGAAGCGGCAGCUUGGUCACUGCAGGCAGAAUAGACCGGGAGGAGCUCUGCGCUCAGAGUGCACGGUGCCUGGUGAACUUUAACAUCCUGAUGGAUAAAAUGAGUCUUUACCCUAUAGAAGUGGAAAUAAUAGAUGUUAAUGACAAUUCUCCUAGAUUCUUGACAGAAGAAAUGACUGUAAAAAUAACGGAGAACACAGCUCCUGGGGUGCGGUUUCCCUUAAAUGAGGCUAGGGAUCCAGAUGUGGGCACGAACUCCCUCCAGAGCUACCAGCUCAGUCCCAAUCGUCACUUCUCCCUGGUUGUGCAGACUGGAGAUGAUGGAGCUAAAUAUCCAGAAUUAGUGCUGGAAAGAGUGCUGGAUAGAGAGGAAGAGGCUGUUCACCACCUACUCCUUACAGCCUCUGACGGCGGUGACCCACCCCGAUCGCAAACCGCCCGCAUCCAGGUAACUGUGGUGGAUGUGAAUGAUCACGUGCCAGUCUUCUCUUUGCCUCAGUACCAAGUAACUGUCCCUGAGAACGUACCAGUGGGCACAAGAUUGCUCACAGUACACGCUGUCGAUCUGGAUGAGGGAGCCAAUGGGGAAGUGACAUAUUCUUUCCGGAAAAUAACUCAAAAAAUUCUACAGAUAUUCCAACUGAACCCUCAUACAGGAGAAUUAUCAACUUCAGAAGGCCUAGAUUAUGAAGAGUCCAGCUACUAUGAAAUGGAAGUUCAGGCUCAGGACGGUCCUGGUAGCAUGACAAGGGCUAAAGUAAUUAUCACAAUUUUAGAUGUGAAUGACAAUACCCCAGAAGUGACUCUAACAUCUGUAAGCAACUCAAUCCCUGAAGACACUCCUCCUGGAACAGUAAUUGCUCUUUUCUACCUUCAAGAUCGAGAUUCCGGCAAGAAUGGUGAGGUGACCUGCACUAUUUCAGAAAAUCUGCCUUUUAAAUUAGAAAGAUCAGUAGACAAUUAUUAUAGGUUGGUGACAGCGAAAAACCUAGACCGGGAAAAACUCCCUGUGUAUAACAUCACACUGAAAGCCACAGAUGGUGGAACCCCACCCUUGUCCAUGGAAACUCACAUCUCAGUGAAUGUGGCAGAUACCAACGACAACCCACCUGCCUUCUCCCACUCCUCCUAUUCUGUCUACAUCCCUGAAAACAACCCC